UUUCAAAUCAUAGCAUAAUGAUAUAAAAUUACAUAUGUAUGUGUCUUUAAUAAAAGUAUCUUUGGCAACAUAUAAACUACUCAAGGUCAUUUCCUCUAUGCAAUCCAAGUAAGAUCCCUUUUAAACCCAUAAGUACAACAAAAUUUGGCAGAUAAUUUUGUAAAUUUUAUAAUUGAAUAUUUUCAUAGUUUGCUUAUAGAUUUAACAGCAUCAUUUGCAAUAUUCUAGACAUUUAUGAUGUAAUUUAAAAUAAGUAUAAAAUCUGUAAUAUCUUAACCAAAGGGAAUAAUAGACACAUAUUUUUCAAAUAGUUUUGAACAAUUUUUACAACAAAGCCAUUUAUUUUUGUAGGUUAAAAGAUCAUAUAUUUCAAAGUGAAAAUGGUCAAGUGUAUCUGUCAGAAAUAGAAAAAAAGCUUAGAGGACAGUUCAGUACACAAGAAAUUGGCAGGGCUAUGAGAAAAGUGUUUAAAGGAACUAUUAUUAAAUCUGUGAGAAAUAAAGAAUUCUGGGCUAAAAUUACCAAGUUAUACAUGGGUGUUGAGUGGAAAGGGAAUGAAAACUUCCAAGAAUCGAGGAAUCAAGAAACUAUGUCAGUUGAAAAAAGCAUCACAUACUCAAAACAAAGUGAAUCUGUACCUGAAACAGAAAAUUAUGACAGCUCCCUGCAACAAGAAUGUAUUCAAGAUAUACAGCUAACUAUGUCAGACCAUGAAAAUAUGAAACAAAUAUUAAAUUCAGUCAACACUUUUGAAAAUUCAGCAGAAAUCUUUAAAAAAAUUAACUUGACAAACAAGGAAAGUAUUCUCCUUAAAUCACAAAUGAGAAAUAUGCAAGGUGAUCCUCAUAGCAGACGGUGGAACCCCGAAGUCAUCAGACUUUGUUUAUCCAUUUAUUCUCGGUCUCCUAAAAAUUAUGAAUUCAUCUCAAAAAGUGGAUUUUUAAUUCUGCCAUCUUCUUCACAUAUUAGGAGAUAUAAGAAUAAAGUUGAUCAGAAGUCUGGCAUUAAUAAAGAUGUGUUUUCCUGGAUGAAAAGUGAAGCUUCUUUUCUUAACCUACCUAAAGAGGGAUAUGAAGGGGGACUAUUAAUUGAUGAGAUGUCCAUUCAAGCUGAUUUACAGUUAAAAAAGAUUGGGCAAGAGUAUAAGUUAAUUGGCUUCACAGAUGUUUGUACUGAAUCAAAUUAUAUGAGUAAACUUAGUGGCAAACAUGAUUUAAAACUUGCCACACAUGUUCUUCAAUUUCUUUUUAUUGGUCAAACUGGUUUCAGAUUUCCAGUUGCACAUUUCCCCACAUUGCAAGCCAGUCCAAGUGAGCUAUAUCUUUCAUUCUGGAGAAUAGUGCAAAUGUUAGCUCUGUAUGGCUUUAUUGUGACAUAUAUCAGUAUUGAUGGUGCCCAGUCCAAUAGGAGUUUCAUGAAAAUGUUUCUACCUGAUGACCAAAAUAAAUCUGUUAAUAUGGAAACAAUGUCAUUUGAAAACAUAUUUGAUCCUACUUUACCUAAAAUAAGCAUAAUUAUGGACUAUUCUCAUUUAAUAAAAAAAGUAAGAAAUAACAUUUUAAAAAGUGGACACAUGCAUUAUUAUAAAAAACAUCUAAUGUUUAAAGAUAAAUACAUAAUUUGGGACCACUGGCUCAAAGCUUAUCAGUGGGAUGUAUCUUCAAAUACAUUAAAAAUUCACCCAUCUCUAAAUGAAGAACAUUUUCAUUUAAAUUCUCAACUUAAAAUGAGAAAUCAUUUGGCUGAAAAUGUUUUAAAUAAAGACAUGCUUCAUUUGAUGGAAUUGUACAAGGAAUCACUGGGUGAAAAAGGACAGGACCUUGAUAGUAGUAUUGAAAUGUUACAAAAUACUUCAGCAUUAGUUGAGAUUUUUAGAGAUAGACGCCCUAUUAAAACCUAUGAAGACUCCAGGCUUACACAUUUAAGAAAUGUCCUUUUAUGGUUUAGAACCUGGGAAAAAGAAAUAAUCUUUUCAAACAUUGAAAACAAAGAUAAAUGUUUACUGUCAAUGCAAACAAGAGAGGACAUUAUUUCUUGUAUAAAAGGUUUUGAUAGCAUGUGUUUUGAAAAAUUUAAGAGGUCUUGUGGAUCAGUUAUACCUGCCAGAAUAAACAGUGAUGCCAUUGAAAAUAUUUUCUCACAACAGAGAGGCAUUCACAAUGGGUCAAAUUCAAAUCCAGACUAUCUUACAUACUGUAGGACUAUGAACUCUAUUAUAUUAGGAGAGAGUUCUGUGUCCAAGAAAUCUAAUGCAGCAGAGACUAACCAGGGCGCCAUGUUUCACAAACCGAAAAGGCAGGUUCUAGCUUCACUCAGUCAGAAUUAAGGGACAAAAAGAUAGUUUCUCAUUGUUGAGCAAAGAUUGUGCCUUGUUUUCGCAAUGCAGUAUGCACCGACAUACCGUACUUUGCCACUUCCAGCAGAAGUGUCUGUAGAACCAGUUUCAGGAAAAACAUUUUGUACAUCAUAUUGUUGUUCAUUUCUACCUGACCUCUCUUUAAGAACUUUUGUCUGAAUAUUUAUCAUAACGGAAGUAAGUAUUUGAACUUGAAAAUGGAAUUGAAUUAAAUACUUUACACUGAUUUUUUUGUACUCAUUUGAAGAAAUAUAUCUCUGAAAUUUUGUAUAGAAUGCAGUAUAGUGUUUUUCUUUCAUAUUUCCCAGGAUAAUGUAUCACAAGUUUCAUCAAAUAUCUGGUUUACCUUAUUAUAUUGUGCUUGAAUACCAUUUAAUGGUGGAUUCUUUAUGUUUUGUUAUAUUCUCUGUAGCUACUUUUGCUACAUUCUCUUCAGAUGUUUCUGAAAAAGUAUCUAAAAUAACUGAAAAAGCAUGCAGGACAUCAGACUCUUUUUUUGUUUUUUGAAGUAAUGCAGAGUAAGUAUGAUCACUUGCCUGGUGAUGG